AUGGAGAAUAGCUCGACAACUGAGAACGACGGAUGUUCGCUCCAACCUACAGCACAGUAUACAAUCGGCAUUGUCAUCUGCGGAGCGGGAAUUCUCGGCAACUUGGCGUUUAUGUUCGUUGUGUUCCGCGUGGCGUCUAUGAGAAUAAUUCCCAAUGCGUACUUGGUGAAUCUAGCCAUAGCUGACCUUCUUCAUCUACUAAUUCACCAGGUAUUUUGGUUCACGUACGUUUUCGGUGGUAAUAUAACCAACCAGGUUGUACGAUGUAUGUUGUUUUUCAUCGUCCGCAUCAGCCAAUACGUUUCAAUGUUUACCGUGACCAUGCUUAGUAUCGAACGUUUUCUUGCACUGUGCCGACCACUGACAUAUCGAAAUGGGGUUAUUCACAAAAAAAUGUUUGUGGCUUUCAUGAUAUUUUUAAUAUGGUUUGUAUCGACCGCGGUUACAGCUGAAGCUUUUUAUGAUUGCUUCUCGCCAAGCGCCAUCAGGUCACUACCUGGUCAAAUCUUUUACAUCGUAUCUCUGUUUACUCUAAUGCUGCUGGUACUGGUCGUGUAUAUACUCAUCAUACGCCAGGUUAAGCAGUCCUCCCAGGCUGUAAGAAAUAAAGAGAAGCAGAUUGUACGUGUAUGCUUAGCUACCGCCUUAGUCUAUUUUCUCUGCAUGUUACCAUCUGUUACAAACGCUAUCUUCACUGUGAUGAUUGCCGAGCAUCCGUGGAUACAACUCGACAUCAACCUGGCAUGUCUGUUGAAUGUUAGUAACUAUUUCCUUGAAGUCAACUCUGCAGUCAAUCCCCUCAUUUACACCACCAUGAGUUCGAACUACAGACGGGCAUUUAAGAAAGCGUUCAUGUGUAGCCCGUAUAAGUUGGCUGGUCCCCGCGGUGCGACUAGGAUGACUGCAGGAGAGUCUACGAACGUCGGCAUGGAGACAAGUGUUAGUUACAGAACUGACACCAAACAGACGCAUCUCUGA